CUGCAGAUUGGAACCAAAGGAACCAUUAAACCUUCCCCAAACUUCAAUGCAGCAGACGAUGUUCAGAAGUUGCGGAAAGCCAUGAAAGGGAUGGGUACUGAUGAAGAUGCCAUCAUUGAUGUGAUUGCACAAAGAACCCUUGCCCAGCGUCAGGAAAUCAAAACUGCUUACAAGGUCUCUGUAGGAAAGGAUUUGGAAGAUGACCUGAAAUCUGAGCUGACAGGAAACUUUGAAAAAGUGAUUCUUGGCCUGAUAACCUCAUCAAUUCUCUAUGAUGUUCAGGAACUGAAGAAAGCCAUGAAGGGUGCAGGGACCGAUGAAGGCUGUCUGAUCGAAAUCUUGGCUUCUCGAUCAACAAAAGAAAUUCAAGACAUUAAUGCAAAUUAUAAACUGAAAUAUGGCAAGUCUCUAGAGGAUGAUAUUUGCUCAGACACCUCUUUUAUGUUCCAGAGAGUGCUGGUAGCUAUGGCUGCUGGAGGAAGAGACCAGAGUGAUAAUGUGAAUGAUGAACUUGCCAAACAGGAUGCAAAGGACCUAUAUGAAGCUGGUGAGAAAAAAUGGGGGACCGAUGAAGUGAAAUUUUUGACCGUUCUUUGCACUAGAAACAGGAAGCAUUUACUGAAAGUUUUCGAUGAAUAUAAAACGAUUUCAAAAAAAGAUAUCGAGGCCAGUAUAAAAUCUGAGAUGUCUGGACACUUUGAAGAUGCUCUACUGGCCAUUGUGAAAUGUGCAAAAAGCAGGCCUGGUUACUUUGCCGAAAGAUUGUAUAAAUCCAUGAAGGGCCUAGGCACAGACGACAACACGCUUAUCAGAGUGAUGGUUUCCCGCUGUGAAGUUGACAUGUUGGAAAUCCGUUCAGAGUUCAAGAAGAUGUAUGGCAAGUCUCUGCAUUCCUUUAUCAAGGGAGAUUGUUCUGGAGACUACAGGAAGGUGCUUUUGAAGCUUUGCGGAGGAGAAGACUGA